AUGUCUGUUAUUAAAUAUCGUCCGCCCAAUGCACCAUAUCACAUAGCGAUACUCGGUCGUUCAGGUGUCGGUAAAAGUUCACUAUGCAAUUUAAUUCGGAAUCUAACUUCUGAACAUACCAAUUUUGCUCCUGUUGGUGUUAUUGAAACAACAGGAAUACCUACAUGCUAUAAACUAAUUGAUAAUGUUUUCAUGUGGGAUGUACCCGGUGUUGCAACUCCAUCCGUAUCUAAAGAAGAUUAUUGUAAAUUAAUUGAUAUAAAUCGUUAUGAUAUGUUUCUUAUAUUAUCUCGUGGUCGUUUUACUGAAAUUGAUCGAUGGUUAAGUGAUAUUGUUCGAGAUCGUUUUAAUAAAACACUUUUUUUUAUUCGUACUGGUAUUGAUGAAGAACUACGUAAUCAUCGUCGUGAUUAUCCAACUAAUUUUAAUUCAAUUGAAGUACUCGAUAUAAUUCGUAAUAAUUGUCUAAAAAAUCUCGAAACAAGUCUUUCAAAAACAAAUCUAUCACUUUAUCUUAUUAAUACAAAAGAUAAAACUAAAUUUGAUUUUUCAAAAUUGAUUAAUGAUAUCAUGGUGCAUGUCAAUCAUGAACGAGAUAAUCUCAUGUUAACAUUAAUUAAAGAAGAUCCUACAGAACAGAUAAUUCAAUCAUCGAUAUCUUCUACUAAUACAACAUUACAAACUGCAAAAACAAUAGUAACUACAUGGGCACGAUUUGGUUUAGUUUCAUAUUUAUAUGAUCGAUAUUAUAAAUAA